AUGGACCAGGCUGUACCGGGUCCUGCUCCGACGAAACUGGUAUUUCUCUCGCAGGUUCCAACGUAUCCUGUGAAUUUCAAGGUCCGAUUCCUAGGAUGUGUCUCGAAAUACAACACUGCCACUGGUCGCCUGACACUCCAUCAUAACUAUAAUGUGCAUGGGCUAGAAUCUCAAGUUUCCCAUGUAGAAGUUGACAUUAAUCUUCUACUCGAAGAUACCGAUCACACAAGCAUUCAAAUAGGCGCCUGGCUUAAUAUUUUUGGUUAUAUACGCGAGGAGAAUUCUGAUGACUAUCGAAGAAAAGAGAGGGAAAGUACUUACAGAAACAGCGAGAAAGGCGACCGUAUAUCGACUGAUCGACCCGUGUAUGUCCAAGCAGUGACGAUUCUACCGGCUGGACCCGUUCGAAUCGGCGAAUAUGAAAGGAUCCUACGAGACAUGCAGCGAGUUGAACGAGUAUAUGAUGAUUGA